UGGCUGAAAAUGUUACAAAAGCUGCUGCUGUAUUUCCUGUCACUAAAUAUUCCCAGCAUUUAUGCAAGUUGCACCGUGACGCGCGUAAUCAUGCGCGUGCCUCGAGAGAGCGAUAUAGGCCUCAUCUUUGAUCUGACAAUAAGCAAUCGAAAGAAAAAUAAGUCCGAAUUGCUCCAUUUGACGGUGAACUCAAAUGGCGACUGCACCUUGAAUUUGACCAAUGGGCAGACGCUUCAAGCGGGCACGAUUUUCGGCGGCGACUUCGGAUCCAUCGAGCCGGGCAGCAGCAUCACGGUCUCCUUGGUGUGGCCUACUGUGUCGCUCUACAAUCGCGUCGGCAGCUGCCCCAUCGUCAUCAGCACCGCCAACCAUCAGAAUGAGGUAUUCAAGACGAAUCAAACGUUAUACUUUGAUACGCGAUUUGAGACCUUGGACCCGGGCAACCACUCGCUGCGACGGCGUAAAGACUUUAUAGACUGCAAGAACUGGGACAAGGACUAUCUGCGCAACUGCACCCCCCUCAACUGUGAGGAGCGAUAUUUCGGCAAGCGCAGCUUCUACAAUCGCACCACGGAGCAGUGCGAGCCGGUGCCGCCAUGCUUUGGCGAGGGAAAAAUAUACGAUUUCUAUGCCAAUGAGUGCAUGGAUAUGAACAAUUUUAUAACGGAUGAGGAAAUAGAGCAACUGAAGCAAGGAAAGUUUGAUAAUAACAUUUUGGACCUGCAGCCUUAUAAUACAAUGUCGACUCCAAGUGAACCGAAUAUAAAACAUACCUCGCACCCACGCAGACAAGCAUUAAAAGAAUGCAACUUUGCUACUAAGCGAUCCUUAAUUGAUUUUAACAAUUGUUUCCAACAUUUAAAAGAUCCAAUAGCAACAACGACUAAAUCAGAAGUAGCCAAAACACUAGAGAAAAAAUCAGCCCCCGAUUCUAUGUUGAGAAGCUUAUACUACGAUUUUUUUCUGCCACUGCAUAACGAAAAUGAUUUGACAAGAGCUAAAGAUAUGGAAAACUUGAAUGUGAACAACAGUACAGCAGAAAAUGAUGAUAGUCGUACAGACGAAGAAACUAACAACCAAAGCUUGGGUGCCAAGAUCACAUCGGGAACUCUACAAAUGUUAUCAGAGUAUACUUCAACAGAGUUGAUACUUCUGGUUAUAAAGAUGUUUCUUAUUUUUUUCUUAACCUUCCUUACCUAUGCAAUAGUCACUACGACCAUAUACAUAAUCUUGGAGAUCAUAGCUUAUCUGAAACCUUAUGAUGUGACGGCUGAUAAGCUAAGCAAGAAACUAACCCCGCGCUUGAGGCAAGCGUCACAUGAGGUUAUGACUUCAGCUAGUUUAAUGGCGCAAAGUAAAUGA